CGAGUCUUUGCUCGAUGCUCUGAAGUUUCUCUGAGAUGAACCAAUGAGUUGGAACCAUGGUGCAAAAGAAGAAGCUCUGUCCUCGGUUACUUGACUACCUGGUGAUCGUAGGGGCCAGGCACCCGAGCAGUGACAGUGUGGCCCAGACUCCUGAACUGCUCCGACGAUACCCACUGGAAGAUCACGCUGAGUUUCCCCUGCCCCCGGACGUGGUGUUCUUCUGCCAGCCCGAGGGCUGUCUGAGCAUGCGGCAGCGGCGCAUGAGCCUCCGGGAUGACACGUCCUUUGUCUUCACCCUCACUGACAAGGACACUGGAGUCACACGUUAUGGGAUCUGCGUCAACUUCUACCGCUCCUUCCAAAAGCGAAUGCCCAAGGACAAGGGGGAAGGUGGGGCAGGGUCCCGCGGGAAGGAAGGAACUCGUGCCCCCUGUGCCUCCGAGGAGGUGGGCACUGAAAGCUCAGAGAGUGGCUCGUCCCUGCAGCCUCCCAGUGCAGACUCCACCCCCGAAGUGAACCAGUCACCUCGGGGCAAGCGCCGGGCCAAGGGCGGGAGCCGUUCCCGCAACAGCACGCUGACAUCCCUGUGCGUGCUCAGCCACUACCCUUUCUUCUCCACCUUCCGGGAGUGUCUGUAUACCCUCAAACGCCUGGUGGACUGCUGUAGUGAGCGGCUGCUGGGCAAGAAGCCGGGCAUCCCUCGAGGUGUACAAAGGUACGGUUUGCCGCCGAUGCUCCGAAGAUUGGGAAUCUAUCUGGUGGAGGAGAAGUCCAGCGCCCUCCUGCAAGACCUCCGGGAGAUCGAGGCCUGGAUCUAUCGAUUGCUGCGUUCCCCAGUACCUGUCUCGGGGCAGAAGCGAGUAGACAUUGAGGUCCUGCCCCAGGAGCUCCAGCCAGCGCUGACCUUUGCUCUCCCAGACCCCUCUCGAUUUACUCUAGUGGAUUUCCCACUGCACCUUCCUUUGGAACUUCUGGGAGUGGAUGCCUGUCUUCAGGUGCUGACCUGCAUCCUCUUAGAGCAUAAGGUGGUGCUACAGUCCCGAGACUACAACGCACUGUCCAUGUCCGUGAUGGCGUUCGUGGCCAUGAUCUACCCCCUGGAGUAUAUGUUUCCUGUCAUUCCACUGCUCCCCACGUGCAUGGCGUCCGCAGAGCAGCUGCUGUUGGCUCCCACCCCAUACAUCAUUGGGGUCCCUGCCAGCUUCUUCCUCUACAAACUGGACUUCAAAAUGCCUGACGAUGUAUGGCUGGUGGAUCUGGAUAGCAAUAGGGUGAUUGCACCCACCAAUGCAGAAGUGCUGCCUAUCCUGCCAGAACCAGAAUCAUUAGAGCUGAGGAAACAUUUAAAGCAGGCCUUAGCCAGCAUGAGUCUCAACACCCAGCCCAUCCUCAACCUUGAAAAAUUUCACGAGGGCCAGGAGAUCCCACUGCUCUUGGGAAGGCCUUCUAGUGACCUGCAGUCUACACCUUCCACUGAAUUCAACCCCCUCAUCUAUGGCAACGACGUGGAUUCUGUGGAUGUUGCCACCAGAGUGGCCAUGGUCCGUUUCUUCAACUCCGCCAACGUGCUGCAGGGCUUUCAGAUGCACACACGUACCCUGCGUCUCUUCCCUCGGCCUGUGGUGGCGUUUCAAGCUGGCUCCUUUCUAGCCUCUCGUCCCCGGCAGACUCCUUUUGCUGAAAAAUUGGCCAGGACUCAGGCUGUGGAGUACUUUGGAGAGUGGAUCCUUAACCCCAGCAACUAUGCCUUCCAGCGGAUUCACAACAAUAUGUUUGACCCAGCCCUGAUUGGUGACAAGCCCAAGUGGUAUGCUCACCAGCUGCAGCCCAUCCACUACCGAGUCUACGACAGCAACUCCCAGCUGGCCGAGGCGCUGCGCAUGCCAUUGGAGCGGGACUCGGACUCUGAGCCUACCGAUGACAGUGGCAGUGACAGUAUGGACUAUGACGACUCGAGCUCGUCUUAUUCAUCCCUCGGUGACUUUGUCAGUGAAAUGAUGAAAUGUGACAUCAAUGGUGACACUCCCAAUGUGGACCCUCUGACACACGCGGCCCUGGGAGAUGCCAGCGAGGUGGAGAUCGACGAGCUGCAGAACCGGAGGGAAGAGGAGGGGCCUGGCCCGGACAGCGAGAACUCUCAGGAAAACCCCCCGCCACGCUCUAGCUCCAGCACCACGGCCAGCAGUAGCCCCAGCACCGUCGUCCACGGAGCCGCCUCUGAACCCGCUCACUCUGCAGAGAUGGAGGAUACAGCGGCGGGUGUCUCCAAGGCCCUCCCCACUGGGCCUCCCGGCGUCGGCAAAUCGAACGUGGACAGGCGUCAGACAGAAAUUGGAGAGGGGUCAGUGCACCGGCGAACCUAUGAGAACCCAUACUCCGAGCCCCAGUAUGGCCUUCCCCCCGAGGAAGACGAUGAUGAACAGGGGGAAAGCUACACUCCCCGAUUCAGCCAGCUUGUCAGUGGCAAUCGGGCUCAAAAGCUGCUGCGGCCCAACAGCUUGAAGUUGGCGAGCGACUCCGACGCAGAGUCCGACUCUCGAGCAAGCUCCCCCAACUCCACCAUCUCCAACAACAGUACCGAGGGCUUUGGGGGCAUCAUGUCCUUCGCUAGCAGCCUGUAUCGGAACCACAGCACGAGCUUCAGCCUUUCAAACCUCACGCUGCCCACCAAAGGUGUCCGAGAGAAGACCACGCCCUUCCCCAGUCUGAAAGUAUUUGGGCUAAAUACUCUAAUGGAGAUUGUUACUGAAGCCGGCCCCGGGAGUGGUGAAGGGAACAGGAGGGCCUUAGUGGAUCAGAAGUCAUCUGUCAUUAAGCACAGCCCAACGGUGAAAAGAGAACCUCCAUCGCCCCAAGGUCGAGCCAGCAAUUCUAGCGAGAACCAGCAGUUCCUGAAGGAGGUGGUGCACAGCGUGCUGGACGGCCAGGGCGUCGGCUGGCUCAACAUGAAGAAGGUGCGCCGGCUGCUGGAGAGCGAGCAGCUGCGAGUCUUCGUCCUGAGCAAGCUGAACCGCACGGUGCAGUCAGAGGAUGAAGCCCGGCAGGACGUCAUCCCGGACGUGGAGAUCAGCCGGAAGGUGUACAAGGGCAUGCUCGACCUCCUCAAGUGCACGGUGCUCAGCCUGGAGCAGUCCUAUGCCCACGCGGGCCUGGGCGGCAUGGCCAGCAUCUUUGGGCUUCUGGAGAUCGCCCAGACCCACUACUAUAGCAAAGAACCAGACAAACGGAAGAGAAGUCCAACCGAGAGUGUCAGUACCCCCGUCAGCAAGGAUCCUGGUCUGUCUGGGCGGGGGGACCCAAAGGCUAUGGCGCAGCUGAGAGUUCCCCAGCUGGGACCUCGGGCACCCAGUGCUGCAGGAAAGGGUCCUAAGGAACCGGACACCAGGAGCCUAAAGGAAGAGAAUUUCGUGGCAUCUAUUGAAUUAUGGAACAAGCACCAGGAAGUGAAAAAGCAAAAAGCUUUGGAAAAACCGAGGCCUGACGUCCUCAAACCUGUCUUUGACCUUGGGGAGACAGAGGAGAAGAAGUCCCAGAUCAGCGCGGACAGUGGCGUCAGCCUGACGUCUGGGUCCCAGAGGACUGACCACGACUCUGUCAGCGGCGUGAGUCCGGCUGUGAUGAUGCGCAGCUCGAGUCAGGAUUCUGAAGUUAGCACCGUGGUGAGUAAUAGCUCUGGAGAGACCCUGGGAGCGGACAGCGACCUGAGCAGCAAUGCAGGUGAUGGACCCGGUGGCGAGGGCAGCGCCCACUUGGCCGGCUCUCGGGGCACGUUGUCUGAUAGUGAAAUUGAGACCAACUCUGCCACGAGCGCCAUCUUUGGGAAGGCCCACAGCUUGAAGCCAAGUGCAAAGGAGAAGUUGGUGGGGAGCCCAGUUCGCUCCUCUUCCGAAGAUGCGGGCCAGCGAGUCUACCUCUAUGAGGGACUCCUCGGAAGGGACAAAGGAUCGAUGUGGGACCAGUUAGAGGAUGCCGCUAUGGAGACCUUCUCUAUAAGCAAAGAGCGUUCUACUUUAUGGGACCAAAUGCAGUUCUGGGAAGAUGCGUUCUUAGAUGCUGUGAUGUUGGAGAGGGAAGGGAUGGGUAUGGACCAGGGUCCCCAAGAAAUGAUCGACAGGUACCUGUCUCUGGGCGAACACGACCGGAAGCGACUGGAGGAUGAUGAAGAUCGCUUGCUGGCCACACUCUUGCACAACCUCAUCUCCUACAUGCUGCUGAUGAAGGUCAAUAAGAACGACAUCAGGAAGAAGGUGAGGCGCCUGAUGGGGAAGUCCCACAUUGGGCUUGUGUACAGCCAGCAGAUCAACGAGGUGCUCGAUCAGCUGGCGAACCUGAAUGGACGUGAUCUCUCCAUCCGCUCCAGCGGCAGCCGGCACAUGAAGAAGCAGACGUUCGUGGUGCAUGCAGGCACAGACACAAACGGAGAUAUCUUUUUCAUGGAGGUGUGUGACGACUGCGUGGUGCUGCGGAGCAGCAUCGGGACGGUGUACGAGCGCUGGUGGUACGAGAAGCUCAUCAACAUGACCUACUGCCCCAAGACCAAGGUGCUGUGCCUGUGGCGCAGAAACGGCUCGGAGACACAGCUCAACAAGUUCUACACCAAGAAGUGUCGGGAGCUGUACUACUGCGUGAAGGACAGCAUGGAGCGCGCGGCCGCCCGGCAGCAGAGCAUCAAGCCGGGACCCGAGCUCGGGGGCGAGUUCCCUGUGCAGGACAUGAAGACUGGUGAGGGGGGCUUGCUGCAGGUCACCCUGGAAGGGAUCAAUCUCAAGUUCAUGCACAACCAGGUUUUCAUAGAGCUGAAUCACAUUAAAAAGUGCAAUACAGUUCGAGGCGUCUUUGUCCUGGAGGAAUUUGUUCCUGAAAUUAAAGAAGUGGUGAGCCACAAGUACAAGACACCAAUGGCCCACGAGAUCUGCUACUCCGUGCUGUGUCUCUUCUCCUACGUGGCCGCGGUCCGCAGCAGCGAGGAGGACCUCCGAACGCCGCCGCGGCCUGUGUCUAGCUGACGGGGAGGGCGCCCGUCGCCGCUCACUGUUCCCAGUGCACAACGCUGCUACGACCGAGUGGACCGUGUGUGCGUCCUCGCCAGUCCCUCCACGUGGUCGAUGGUCCCCAGUUCUGUGUCUCUGAGUGUCUUUGAAUGUCUUGUCACAGGGCUGAGCUAGCCCCGUCCACUGCCUCCCUCUCCGCUCCCGGAGACCCGCCCACUGUCCCCACAGGACUCGAGAGUGUGCGUGCGUGUGUGUCGGGCCAAUGCGAGCCCAUUCGUGUGUAUCCUUGAGACAGCUCGUGUCCUGGUCCUGGGCCUUGUCCUGGGCAUUACAACCCUCCAGUGCAAGAGUCCAGCGCUCCAUCCUUGGUGGCCGGCAUAGCUGGUCACCAGGAGCGAUUCCACUUGGCCUGCGAGGAACUCAGGGCCUGCCCCCCCAGAGGAGAGCUGUGCAGGGCAGGGAAGUCGGGAGCCGCUGGGUGAUGGUGUGGGACCUCCCAGCUUCCUCGUGCAUUUCCUGAGCUGGCAGCUCCUGCCCAUGGGCCACAAGCCCGGCCACUGGCCAUGAGGCCACGCAGCUGUGGCAGGACGCACAGCCGGCAGCAGCCGCCUGUGGGCUGCCUUGCCUUUGGGCAGGGAGGACGGAGGAGCUGGGGCCAUGGAGUCCCAGGGACCACUGGCUGCUCUGUCGGAGGGCCAGGGAGGGUGGGGAGGGUCUGCACCUGCAGGCAGCACCUCCGGGCACGGGGUGCAGGGGGAGGGCGGCCGUGGGGGAGGGGGGCAAGAAGUGAUUGUAAAUAUUUCAGCUCCACUUUAUUUAUAGAAAAUGUACAGCUGUGUGAAUGUGAAAUAAAUGUCCUUUACUC